CUGUGUACGUGACUCGAGUGAUCUCGGGUUUCGUAGCGGGAAAAGCCGUGGGGAAAGUGGGCAUCCGCGGGGCCGGUUGCGAAAGAGGCCUACACGUGCGUCUCCGCGGCCUCCAAUGCUACGGGAGAGGCUCUGCUGAAGUGAAAGGCAGCCCCGGAUUCCCUCACACGUCGGCACCGACGAUCGCGCGUGGCGCGUCACAAGAUGGCUGUGCGCCACGCCGCCGAGAUCCAAGGCACGUCCCGAUGAGGCUCCGGGGGACCCUCGCCCUCCUCGCCGCGGCCCUCCUGCUUCUCCUGGAGUGGCCCCACGACGUUCAAGGGCUCAUAAAAAGAUGUGUUAGUUGUAGAUCAAGAGGAGAAUUGGGAUCAUGCAAAGAUCCAUUUACAAUGAAUUCGACACAAAUCGAAGAAGAUAAAGCUGUCGAGGCUGUACCUUGUGCCUCUGGUUGGUGUGUCAAAAUUAUUGAAAGUCAAAAUCUUAAUAAUGAGUAUGGCUUAGCGACAGAACGGUCGUGUCUCCAGCGCGGACCCGACGACAACGAAGAGCGAUGCGCUUACACCAAAUGGAACUAUAAAAACGUUUACAUGUGCUUCUGUAACGGGGAUCUAUGUAACACAGCGACGAAAGUCAGUCUGUCCCCGGUCUUAUAUUCGAUUAGCCUUUUGAGUUUUCUUCUAACGCUGUGGCUAUAACUAGAUAAAUUAAUAGAUUAAUCGUUUGAUAAAUAACACAUUGGGAUUGUAAUUUCAUUGAAUUGCUCUGUUCUUUUUUCGAUAUUUCAAUGAUAUGACAACUCCGAAGUCUGCAAAGUGCACUUUUGUUGACGGCCUAAGAAAUAUUGUCGCUGGAACCAACUAUUUUAACUGUCAUUUUCUUGUCUUUGUUGCUUUUUGA